AUGAAACUACCAUAUCCUCAAGCAUAUCUCCCCGCCCUCUUAUUCGCCCUCCUGACCCAAUCAGGACCAGCUGAGUCGCCGCGAAGUCCGCCGGACGAAGAGCAACAGGCAGGUCAAUCGCGAGCGCUUCUUCGGCCACAAGGGCCCCUCCACCGUAUCACACUCUGUUGA